CAACUGACAGCUAUAUCGUUGUGCCUACGAUAGUACAAGGAUAUAAAAGGGUAAUUUUUUCUGUGUUUUGUUCAUUCUUUUGAAUACCUCACAAGUGUAAGAACUAGUGUGCUCUGUGAAUACGAAAAAGUGCUGUGCCCUAAGAUGGAGUUAAUCAAUCCGAUAGCAGUUGUUGAAAUCUUGAGAAAGAAAGUUUGGUCUCAAUUUUCUAAUGUUACGGAUCCUGGGCUUGAAAACGAGAAGUUUGCUGAACUGCUAUUCAAUCUUAUAACCAGCAAGUUUUGGAAUCGUGCAGAGCUUACUGAGAAUACCACGCUUGAUUUUGGUGACGUCAAUGAAGCUGAAAAUGUAGAGGAAGAAGUCCUAUCUCAACCUUCUUCUCAAACAUCUUCUGAGGAACCAGGACGAUCAUCAAGUACCGAUCCAGGACAAUCUUCUAGUGAUUAUGAUUAUAAUAUCGAAUCUUCGCCAGUAAAACGUCAUAAAAGAGGACCUCCCAUACAAGAGAGUACUCAGAAGAACAUUGCCGAUUUCGUUCUUGUGCAAGGUAAAACUUACGCAGCUGCUGCAAGAAAGUUCUGCAAGACUGAACAAUAUGUAAAAAGAAUUUGUAAAGAAAGUCAAAGACUAAGUCAGAAUACAAGUCAGGGUACGACCCGUAAGAGAAAAGGAAGAAAAUGACCCUAAAACUUGGGAUUACAAUAAUUUUUACACUCAAUCACAUCCCAUGUACUAAGUAAAAUACAAUUAAAAAGCUGUGAUGUGAAAAAAACACCGUGACAUUUAAGCAAAUUCCCCAAAGUGCCGAGUACUCUGUGUAUGACUAUGCCCCCCUGAUCUUACCGCCUUUUUAGAACUUCAAUUUUACAUUUAGUCCCUCUCUUGGGCGGUUGACCCCCGGCUCGACUGUCACAGUUGUGAGUUCGAGUCCCGCCCGGUGCAAAUGACUGAAGUGUCUGAAUGGACAUAUUUCUCAUACACAAUGUAAUCUGAAUAAUAAAUUUGUAAACCGAAAAAUGUACAAAAUGGCAAAAAAACCCGGUACAUCAAAAUAAAUAAAUAAAUAAACAUUUAGUCCCACUGGUCCCACUUAUGGCGGAACAACUGCCGAUAAAUUCAAAUGUUUCCAUCAACGAUAUUUACGAUUAAUCGACGAUAUUUCAGCUGCAUGCACUGAAAACAACAAAAGACCACGUCAACAGAGUGAAAGGGAAGGUAUUUUGCGCUCCUAGAUUUUUGUGAAAAUUAAAAGUUUCCCACACAAUGAGCAGUAUUGAGGAGUUGCAGAAGAAAGUAGCAUCCCUGGAGAGUGAGCUCAAACAUUAUCAAAAUGCAGGAGCCAGGGAAAAGAUUGAAAAAAUGUCUGCAGAAGUUGUGGAUUCCAAUCCAUACAGUCGGCUGAUGGCUCUGCAGAGGAUGGGGAUUGUGACGGAUUACGAGAGGAUACGGCUGAAAAGUGUGGCAAUUGUGGGUGUUGGUGGAGUUGGGAGUGUAACAGCUGAUAUGCUGACAAGAUGUGGGAUUGGGAAGUUGAUCCUCUUUGACUAUGACAAAGUUGAGCUAGCCAAUAUGAAUAGACUCUUUUACACGCCCGAUCAGGCGGGAUUGAGUAAGGUUGAGGCAGCUGCUAGGACACUGAGUUUCAUUAAUCCGGACGUUGAGAUCUUGACCAAUAACUACAACAUAACUCUCGUGGAAUCCUUCGAUAGGUUCAUGGAGACCAUCAAUACGGGCGGUAUGGACGGAAAGUCCCCGGUGGACUUGGUGCUGAGUUGUGUGGAUAAUUUUGAAGCUCGAAUGGCCAUCAAUACAGCCUGCAAUGAGCUCAAUCUCAACUGGUAUGAAUCUGGAGUGUCUGAGAAUGCUGUUUCCGGACACAUUCAAUUCAUCAAACCAGGUGAGACAGCCUGCUUUGCCUGUGCUCCUCCACUAAUUGUGGCUGAGAACAUCGAUGAGAAGACACUGAAGCGAGAUGGGGUCUGUGCAGCUAGUUUGCCGACGACAAUGGGAAUUGUGGCGGGAAUGCUAGUGCAGAACACCCUGAAGUACCUUCUGGGAUUUGGCGAGGUGUCUGACUACCUCGGCUACAGUGCUCUCAAUGAUUUCUUCCCUAAAAUCACUCUACGGCCCAAUAGAAGCUGCGACGAUCGGUUCUGUGUCCAGCGUCAGCAGGAGUUUGACCUGAAGCCCAAACCCGAGGCUCCAGCUGAAGCGGAAGUCAACAAUGAACCUGUCCAUGAGGACAAUGAAUUUGGCAUUGAGGUGGUGAAUGAGUCUGUAGAGGAGAAAUCUCCCGUGAAGAGCAGUCAGGGUCUCAGAUUGGCUUAUGAGAGUGGAGAAAAGCAUUCCGAGGGGACUCCACAGAGCCCUCAAAGCCAGACUGUCCAGGAUGACGUCAGUCUGGAGGAAUUGAUGGCUCAAAUGAAGACUAUUUAAGCUUUUUAUUACUAAAAAAAAUUAUUAAAUAUAAACAGUAUGCUGC